GCAGACAGACAUGAGCCUGGACGGCAGCGACACGCACGAGGAGUGGGCGCUCAAAUUCUUUGGCUCGCCCAGCGCCGCACACGUGUUCGGCACCUGCGCAGUCUCCAAUGUCUUCCUGUCUGCGGCCCUCAAGUGCGGCACCUCCACAUCCAGCAAGGACGCCUGCACCGCGCAGCCCUACUGCGCCUACGUCCGCGUCGACCCGACCUACCACAUCUGCGAACUGCGCCGGCUGGAGCCGCUGGUGUCCAGCGACCCGGCCAUCUUCACCAGCGACCCGUGGGGCGCCGCGCUGGCGUCCCUGACCGCCAAGUGCAUGCCGCUGCUGGACGCCAACACGGGGCGGCGCUACGGCUCAAGUGACUGCGGUGAAUACCGGCAGUCGACGGAGGGCCGGCAAGGGCUGACGGCACAGUUCGACGCGGCAGCCCUGCUGCGGGCGCCCAGCGCGGUGCUCAAUCCCAAUAACCUGCGGCCGUCGUUCUACACGGAUCAGGCUGCACCCGCGCCACCGAGCCCAAAGCCUCCAUCCCCGAUUCCCCCAAGCCCGAAGCCACCGUCACCACCGUCACCGCCCUCUCCUGCGCCACCGCCGCCGCGCCCGUCGCCGCCCAGCCCACCGCCUCCAUCUCCUCCUCCGCCGCCACUGCGGAGCCUCAAGUCGUUGCUCUUCUCGCCGUCGCCACCGCCGUCACCGCCGCCUGCAAUCAUCGCGCCGGACCUGUCCAUCGAGUCGGAACCGCCGCCCCCGCCCGCCAUCGUGCCGGACACCCAACCGCCGCUGAUAUCGCUGCUGGGGGACGCGACCCUGAAGUUGAAGAUCUAUGACCCCUACGUCGAGUACGGCGCCACGGCGAUGGACGCACGGGACGGUCCCGUGCCCGUGGUCACCUCCGGCGUCGUCAACACCAACGUCACGUCCGUGGACGGCAAGCACCCCGUGGUGACGUACACGGCUCGAGACCGCGCCGGCAAUGUCGCCUCCAUCCGCCGCGUAGUGAUGGUGUCGGACGCCUGCACCGCGUCUGGCGAGAGGAGGUGCCCCAACACGCUCAAAUGCUCCACACUCAGCCUGUGCGAUUCCGCCCUCACCGCUGUGCUCAACUUCUUCAGCAACAGCUUUGGAGACGUCGCCGCGUCGAAUUCUGGGUCUUCGGACGGUGGCGGCUCGGAUGACGGUACCGACUCCAGCGGUGGCGGCAGCGGUGGAAGCGGAAGCAGUGGCAGCAGCGGCACCAGAUCCACUUCCGCCCAGCGCUCCCGCAAGCUUCUGCCCGACACCAUGCCUCCGCGCCUGUCACUUCGUGGCACUGGCACCCUGUUCGUGACGCCAGGCGGCGCUUCGGGCAUGAUCCACAGCCUGUACGUGGACGAGCCGUGGGUGGACGAGGGCGUGGAUGCGGAGGACGACGUGGACGAGUCCUUUGACGGCAAGACCAACAAGGUGGUGGCGCUGCCGGCGACCGCCAUCGUCACCAGCGUCAUUGCGCCGUCCGGCGCUAAGGCGGAUGCGAUCAAGACCGACACGCCCACUGGCGACCAGGAGUCCGGCGGCCUGCCAUGGGUGAUCACCUACGACGUGAGCGACGGUGCAGGCAACCGCGCGCCCACCAUGCGGCGCCGCGUCUACGUGCUGUGCCGCCCGCCGGAGCGCGAGUGCCCGCGCACCGACCCCUACGAGCCACGCACGUGCAGUGUGGAGAAGAUCUGCGGCCUUCAGGUUCAGCCCAGCGACGGCCAGGGCGGCAUGAGCUCACGAGUAAACAGCGGCAUGAUCUUUAGUGCAGGCGACGACGGCGGUGGUGAUGGCCACAGCUCGGGAGUGAGCGGGAGUAGCACUGGCAGCGGCAGCAGCACGCGCACCGGAUCGGGCGCCACCAACGAUGUUCGUGUGGUGCAGCUGCCAGGCACUGCGUACACAGCUGCCGCGGCCGCCGCCGCUGCUGGGGUGACGUUCACAACCUCCGGCAGUAGCAGCACUGGCAGCUCCCGCGCCGCCCUGGUCGCGGCCACAGGCAAGAGCGGCAGCAGCAGCGGCGGCAGUAGCAACUCUCGCAGCAGCAGCGGCGGCAGUAGCGCUGCGGAGGUGGACAUCCCCGACACGCAGCGCAUUCCCAAGCUGACGCUGGUCUCGGACUGGUUCAACCGGUUCAAAGCUGGCAAGCCCUAUGACAAGUGCAAGCGACUGGAGGUGGCGUACUGCGAUCCAGGGGUGACGGCCACGUUGCGGGUACCGGGUGACCUGAACGGGAAGGUGAUCGCGUGCGCCGACCGCGCCCGCGCCGCUGGCAUCGCCUCGCCGCGCCCCUUCGACCUCAUGGGACUCAAGUACUGCGACCUCGACACCAACACGCCCGGUGUCGUCACCGUUUCCUUCCACCUCACCUGGCCUUCCGUCGGUGAGCUUGUGGUGACCCGCACCAUCAUCAUUGAGGACACCUGCCCCGACGGCGAGAAGCUGUGCGACAAUGGCCACUGCAGCACAGGACCCACCACCUGUCUAUCUGAGAUUGGUCUGGGUGGUGGCGGCGGCAGCACCACUGUCGUGCCCACAGCCGAAAACGCUUGGGCCGAGGGAGGCUCGGGCAGCGGCGGCACAACAGCCGCGGACCUUGCGUCUGUCGUGCCUGCCGCCGGCUCGGCUGCAGCGGCUGGAAGCGGUGCGAGCGGUUCAGGCAGCGGCGGUGGUGGCGGCUCGGGAUCUGCUGGGCCAGGUGGUAGCGGCAGCGGAAGCAGUAGCUCAGGAGGCGGCUCGGGUGGUAGCGGUGGAAGUAGUGGCUCCGGGGGCGGAAGCAGUGGCGGCGGCUCUGCGAGUGGCAGUGAUGGAAGCACCGGAACCGGCAACAGCGGCUCUGGAAGCAGCAGCAGCGGUGGAGGCGGCACGUCCGGAGGUUCCUCCGCCGCAGGUGGCUCUGGGGCGCAGGCGGCUGCUUCGGCUGCGCUGGUGACGGUGGUUGGCAGCGGCACUGUGGCCAGCGGCGUGACGCUGUACACGGUCCCCGGCAGCUCCUCCGCCAGCAGUGCCACCGCCUCUGUGGUCGCCGCCGCGCUGCCUCCGCGGCUGCUGCUGGCGGUGACGGACGUGCUGGGGCGGCUGGUGCACGUGAAGCGCGGCACGCCCUACCUGCGCUGCGCCGGCGAGCAGGUGCCCACGCUCGAGCUGCCCUGCGAGCCGCUGGGCCUGGCCUCAGACGACCUGGACGGAGACCUCACAGACUGGGUGACGCUGUGCCCGCCCGCCGACUGCGCCCGGAGCCAGUGCCGCGAGCACGUGAGCAAGCAGCCCGCGGCGUGCGGCGUGGACACCGUGAACGGCGACGUGGGCAGCACCUUCACACUGCGCAUGGUGGUCUUCAACAGCCGCGGCCUCAACGCCACUGUCGAGCGCGUGGUGAUGGUGGACAGCCCGUGCCCCGAUGGACAGUACCUGUGUGAGAGGGCACCCAACAGCGCCAACGCCGGCGGCCAGGGCGCCUCCGCAGCCUACAUGUGCAGCGACCUGCCGUGCGACCGGCGCAAGGCGCUGCUGGAGGUGGUGGCGAUCGCAGCCAAGGCCACCAGCGGCGGCGGCAGCAACAUGACGGUCGACCCCACUGUGGUGGACGUGGAGGAGGUAGUGUUUUCGCCGGUGCCGCGCAUCUACCUGCUGCCCUCGCUGCACCUCGCCACGAACCUCAGCGACGCACUGGCCAAUCAGACGCUGUCGCUGGUGUACCGCACGCCCGCGCCUUUCAGCCUGGCGCCGUGUAACGUCUUCUCCCAGGGCGUACCGCUCUCCACCUUCUCGCCGCGCCCGCCAUCCCCGGCGCCCUCAGCCUGCAGGCCGCCGUCACCGGCGCCACCCAGACCUCCAGGGCCGGCGUCGGGCAACAGCAGCAGUGCCAGCGGCGCGGGCCGGCGGCGCGGGCUGCUGCAGGCAGCGCCAUUGCCGCCUCCAGCCUUCCAGCCGCCGCCGGUCCCUGCAGCCAGUAGCGGUAGCAGCAGCAGCGCCGCUGCCGGCGCCAUGGCCGGAGCGUGUGCUGCAGUCGCCAACGACAACAACGGCAACGACCUCACUCCGUAUAUCAAGUCCAGCGUAGCUCAGCUGUGCCCUGCGGGCGCGCCCGCCGGCAGCUGCGGCGGCGGCUGCAGUGUGGCCCAGCUGACCACGGGCAGCUGCCUGCCGGGCAUGUACCGCGUACUGUAUCGCGUGGAGGCGGACGGGGGCACGGAGGCGGUGGCGCAGCUGGACGUGGCAGUGGAGGAGAUACGCGCCACACAGCUCAACUUGACGCUGCAGCCGUCGCUGCCCACCAUCAUCCAGCUGCUGCAGCCGCCGUCGCCUGGCGAGCUGCCGCCUACCCCGGAGGACGUCGCGGGCAACCGCACACAGGUGGAGGCCAUGGCGGUGGCGCUGGCGGCCAAUGCCUCCGCCCUGACGGCCGCGCUGCAGCCGCUGCUGCCCGGACUGGGUCUUGACCCCGAUGACAUCCGCAACCUCAACCUCAGCGCGGCAGUGAUGGUCGUUGAGCUGCCGCCACCACCGCCACCGCCCUCGCCGCCCUUGUCACCGCCGCCGCCCGGCGCACCCGCCUUCCCACCGAUGCCGCCCAAUGCAAGCUACCCGCCGCCCAGCCCAUCGCCGUCGCCACCUUCGCCGCCGCCGCCCUCGCCUCCCGCGGGCCCGCCGCGCUACGGUCUGCAGCUUGCAGUGCAGCUGACCACCGGCGUUUCGGACUGCCUGUAUACAGCCACCGGCGCAGCAGGCGGCGGUGCAGCAAGCGUGUCCUUUGCGGACUUGAGUACAUCCCGGCACCGCAGCCAGCGCCGCCGGCUGCUACGUGUGCGGCAGGAGGCGGACGCGGUGUGGCGUACGGAUGAGGACGCGGCCCUUCUGGAAACGGCCACAGCUGCAGAGCGCAGGAAGCUGUUGGACACUCAGUCUGAGCCCUCCGCAGAGGCCUCAGUGGUGGAUCAGCAGCUGCAGUGGCGGCGCCGUGCCGGGGAGGAGGCUGCGACGCCGCUGGAGCGCAGCCUGCGUCGCCUGCAGUCCGUAAGUGCCACUUUGGAGGCGGCGCUUGAGGCGCUGGCCACCGGGCGUUACACGGAGCCGGCCUGGAUGGCCGAGUGGAGCGAGGAAGACGAGCUUGAAGCAGAGCAGGACGCAGAGAACGAGGCCGGCGAAAGUGAGGAUGUCUUUGACUUCAGCCCACGGCAGCAGCGUCGCCUACUCCAACAGGUGCUGGCAGGUGGAGGCGGCUGCGGCUGCAACCCCGCACCCUCGCGCACAGUCUUCGCCUCUUCUACUGCCGCCAACGCUUCUGCGGCGGCGUCUGCUGUCGUGCGCGGCGCCGUAACUGGGACUGCGUGUGUGACGCCCGCUAUCGACGGCGCGUCUGCUGCCGUGGGACUGCUGCUGGGCGCGGUGUCGACUCUGGACGCGUUCGGUCAGGACAUGGACGUGACGCAGGUCGCACUCAUCGCGGCGGUCAGCAGCAUCAACGGACGCAUGGACGAGGGAGAUGUGCGCAGCGAGCAAGGCAGCACCAACUGGGCCUUCACGGCUCGGGACUCUGUGAAGAACAUCACCACCACCGCCACCAAGCUGACCAGUGUGGUGCAGGCGGCCGCCAAGACGCGCGGCAACCAGGAGCUGUCGUCGGUGGUCGGCACCGGCGUGGCGGACGUGCUUCAGGUCAUGGUGUCGGAGGUGGCUGAGUCCGCCAAGACGGCACUGGCGAGCGCUGAGGGCAUCCUGUCCGGUUACGGCAUCAACUCAUCCACCCCUGCGGAAGAGAAUGAGCGCAAAUUCUGCAGCUGCAUCUUCAACCGCAGCGAGCCCACUGGCACGAGCCUAAACUUCGUCGCAAACCGGACCGCAAAAGCCACAGACGGCAAUGCCACGGAAUCGCUGCCACCCAUGCCGCCUGCACCGCCGCCGGGCGUGCCCACGCGGCCCCCGCUCUCGCCAGACGCUGGCGGCGGCUCGUCGGCUUCGACUGCAGCAGCCAGGCGGCGGGGGCUGCGCGCUGCACCCCGUGACACGGGCGUGGUGCCGGAAGAUGACCAGGCGGCAAUGGAUCCUGACAAGGCGUCCUGCCCAGACACACCUAGCGGGCCUCGCGCCAUUCGUAGGCCAGCCAACAGCCAGCAGCAGAGAAGGCAGCUCCAGCAGAGCUCUGGAUCCACAACGACCAGCAGUGGCUCUACCUCGUCAUCUUCGUCGGCAUCAUCGUCGGGCACUGAAAGUUCGUCAUCCCGUGGCAGUAUGACGGCUGCUGGGAAUCAGCUCGAGUUUGCGAGCGGCCACGGUGUGCUCAUCAAUGACACGUUCGAUUACAGCCUGCAUCAGGUCCGCUCGGGCAUGCGCACGCGCAAGCUGACGCAGGUCGGCCGCAACAACCGAGUCUUGCUCGGACUGCUGCUGCACCAGGUGCGGCUGUCUGAUCGGGACGUGCGCAAGCGCUCUGGGCGCUACAUGUGCACCUCCGCCUCGAAGACACGCCAGCUCAUCACGGCCUGCGGGGGCGAGAACGCUGGCGCGCGUGUGGUGGGUGGCGACCUGGGCGGCAUUGGCGUGGACCCCGUGUUCCUGCCCCGCUCGCCGCUGUUCCGCGCGGGCAUCAACCCAGACGACUAUUACAACACCAGCGCCGGCUCAUCCGACAUUAACCCCAACGGCGUGCCGUUCGGCUUCUUCCACGAGGAGAUCGCGGGCCGGCCGGACGGCUACCCGUUGUUGCUGGACAUUGGCAUGUCGGAACAGCGCGCGCGGGAGGCCUUCAUCUUCCUACGCGACGGCUCCUACCUUUCCGCCCAACUCACGCAGUCCAUGAGUGCGGAGCUGGUGACGUACAACCCCUCUGCCUCUGUCUUUGGCUACUUCCGACUGAUGUUCAGCUGGACAGCCAACGGCCUCAUCCGCUGCGACGCCACGCUCGUGGGCCUGCCUGCAGUCAGCUACGCCGAUGCGUUCGCUGAGUUCUCGAAGUAUUACCGCCAGGUCCUGCCCGACAUCUUCAUGGUGAUGUUGUGCGCGGGCUACGUGUGCCUGGUCGCAUACGACAUCUCACAACAGCUCAAGGAGCAGCGGCGGAGUCGGCUCAUGGCGGCGCGCGCGGCAGCUUUGCCGCAGUACGAGGCGCCAGUGAUCGAAUGGCCCACAGCGCCCGAGUUAUCGCGUGCCAACUCCCGCUCCACGCACCACCAGGGUCUCAGCCGGCCCAUGACCGCAGAGAACUCCCGCACAGGGACGCGCUCACGGCCGGCGUCACACAGGCAGGGCGUGGGCCACCUGGUCAGGUCCAGGGCCGGCAGCGCGGCACCCAGUGAGGCAGGAGGCGUGUCCAGCCAUGGCAACAGCGACAGCGAGAGCCCAGUGCGCGCCGGCAUUGCUGACGGGCCGCAGCCGGUCGCGGAGGGCUACGAGUGGCUGCAGCAGCCGGGGCAUGACCACUACGACGCGGAGCCAAUGAGCAUGCCGGGGGGCUCACCCACCCUGUCCAUGAGGCUGCCUGCCCGGAAGCCCGGCACUAGCAGCCUCAAGGCGGCUGCCGGCAAAACCCGCGCCGCCAAGAUGAAGUGCGUGAGCAUGGCAAUGGGCGAUGUGCCGGAGCUGCCAUCUACCGUGGCGCUUGAGCCUGUGAAUGACGGGGACGGCGACGACGACGCCCAGCGCAUGAGAGCGGCGUACGAAGGCUAUGCGGCGGGAGGUGGAGCCGCCGGUGCCAACGUGUCCAUGGUGCUGCGCUCGCGCCAAAACCACGAGAAGCCACUGCGCCGGGACCCCUACAGCAAGCGCUACCGGCCAUCACUCCUCAACCGCGACAUGCGCCCGGACGUGUCUCAGAUGCUGCUCAUGCACCAGCAGGAGCCCAUGCGCCACGGCGGCCUGCGCCCCAUCGGCAAGGCCAUGACGCAGGUGGUGUACCGGCCCCGCAUGAAGCCGUUCUGGAUGGCGUUCGAGGCGGUGGUGUGCUGCCUGAUGGUCGCUGCCAUGACCAUUUACUUCGUCUACUGCCUCAAGCUCAGCGACAGAAACCAGUUCACGGCCAGGUACCAGGUGUACGAAGCGGACACGUACGCCCCGGCGCACUACUGGCUACUGAAGCGGCAGGAGGGCGCCGUGGUGGUGCAGGGCGCAGACACGGCCGCUGCGGUCAGCAGCAGCCUCAGCGGCAACAGCAGUCUCAGCGGCAACGGCACCAGCACCAGCAGCGGUCUGACGGACGCAGUAAAUGGCACCGUUGCAGCCAGCAUCCAGGUGCUCAGUGGAAACGGCAGUAGUAGCACAGGUGGUAGCAGUGGCAUGAUAAGUAGCAGCAGCCCCAACUACAAUGCUGCGGGCCGCUGGAGGGCGCCCGAGGACCCCGCACCGCUGAAGAGCUCGGGCACCAUGUUUCAGCGCGUGCGCCACAUGUACACGAUGUACGUGACGUACAUGCUGCUUCAGUCUCUGGUGCUGGCCAUGGUCAUCAUCCGACUCAUCCACUACGUGUCUUUCCAGCCACGGCUGUCUCUGAUUGCGGGCACGCUGUCUCUGGCGUUUUCCGACCUGAUGCAUCUGGCUCUGGUGAUUAUGGUGGCCGCGAUCAUGUACGCCGGCGCCGUCAUGUGCACCUUCAGCGAGCAGGCGGAGCAGCUGUCGGGAUACGAGUACACUAUCCUUUACAUCCUCAAGUACCUGCUGUUAGGAGACGAUGAGAAGGUUUUCUUCAACAUCCUAUGGGCCCCGCUCAUCAAGUCCACGGGCCAGACCUUCCUGGCCCGCCUGCUGUACGUGCUGGGCCCCAUCCUGUUUGGGCUCAUCUUGAUCAUCUGCGUCAUGGUCAUCCUGUUCCACCCUUACUUUAUGAUGAAGCAGGUGGUGCGAAACGCACCUGGCGUGCAAAGGGACAUCUACCUCAUCGUCAGGUGGCGCUGGCAGCACUAUCGCCAUCAGGCUCCCAAGAACAAGCAGCUUAUGCGCGCCCUGGAUGGCUUCAUGGCGGGUGGGGAUGCUGAGGCAACGUCCCGCCGCCAGCAGCUGAUCAACGCAUUAGCGACCACGCUAGCAGGGCCGAGUCACAUAUGGCGCAGGCUGAACGAAGGACUGGGCUCGCGGCCAGUCUCAGCUGCGCCACAGCAACAACAGCAGCAGCAGCCGGUCAGCGGUAGCAAGGGCGCUAAGUCGUCAGUCGACUUGGGAAAGCCUGGCGGCGUGGCUGGCAUCGGCUCUGGCAGUGACAGCAGCAGCGGCCUGGAGUCGGCGGCUCUGGCGGCAGCCCUUGGGAAGCUGCUGCCACAAGGCGCAAUAGCUGACAGCAAUGCAGAGGGCGGACCCCCUGCGCGCUCGCUAGCCAAUCCAGUGACGCGGCGUGCUUCUUCGACCGCCGUCACGCCCUCUAGCGUCAGCCUGCUAUCCAAGUCCGUGGCGCGACGGGAGCAGCUGCAACGAAGCAUUGAAGGCGGCGGCCUGGCCAAGGUCAAAGCCUCUAACAGCGGCGGGCUGCUGUCAAGGAGCACCUCGGCCUCCAACAAGGUUGCACCGCUGCCCGCAGAUGCAGCGGCGGCGGCGGCCGCUGCCGACAUGGAAUGGGUCGGUGGCGGUGGUGGCAAGGAGGGCAGUGCUGUGCCCGGUGUUGGCCCCGGCAGCGACCGGCCGAGCCCCAAAGCUGCCUCCGCCGCGUCUUCCGCAGCUGCCGCCGCGCAGCUCGCAGACGCAGUCAUGGCCAACCUGACCAGUCGUUUUGGCAACAUCACCGCGCCCGAGGACGAACGCGCGAAAGAGCAGCAGGCCGCGGCAAGCGCCUUCGUCGCCCUCGCGCGUGCGGAUCCCCUGCGCAGCCAUAGCAGCAACAGCCGGCCUUCAAGUGCGCAGCGGCUGCGCCUCGCCAACGGCGGCGCUUCGCCCCGGCCGCCCAGCGCCCUGGCUGGCCGCAGUGCAUCCGGGGCGGUAGUUGGCAACAGCCCUACCAGCAGCGGGUCCGGCGCUCAGCCUGGGCUCGCUACAGAGAACAGCUGGGCGCAGAGGGGCCCCUUGGCGCACGCAGCCAGUGCGCCAAAGGCCAUGUUGUCGCCUCCACUGACGGCGCCUGAUCGCUUCAGCCGCGCCUCUGGCAACGAGGCCCUGCAAGCAGAGGCGAGCAGGGCCGAGGGGGGAACGGACGGGGCGGGAAGCGCUGCCGCUGCCGGCGCUAGUGGAGAGCAGCGGCAUCUCAUGCAGCUGAUGAGCUUCGCGCCAGAGCGUCCCGCAACGUAUGCACACCUGGCAAGCGGAGCUGUUGGUGGUGCGAACGGAACUGGGCAGGGCAAUGCCAUUAGCACGUUGGCAGCACAGCCGCCACUGCCGCAGCCAGUGUGCAUGCAGCGUCCAACCUCCACUUUCCCCACCAGGCGAGGGCUACGGUCCAGCUCCGCCAUCCGCACAACCGCCGAGCUAGCGACGCUUGCAACUGGUACCGGAUCCUUGUCGCAGGCCGGUCCGGGGCCGGUGGCCGAGGCCGAGGAGGAUGCCCAGGAGCAGGCGGUGGGCGGCACACGGGAUGCAGCGGCGCUAGACCGCCUCCCUGACCUGGACAGUGACUCUGGGGAGUCCGACAGCGGCCGUGUAGCUGAGCUGGCGAAGCAAAAGCGACAGGCACUGCGCAAGCGCGCAGCCCCAGGGGGCGUCAGCUUUGGCCAUGCGCUGGUGUACGAGCUGCAGGCAGAGCAGCAGCAGCAGCAGCACGGCGGCGCCGGUGCCGGCGGCUGGACAUAUGCGGCCGCCCUGGCUCAGGUGCAGCAGUUGGUGGCGGGUCUGUGCAGCAUGGUGGCGCAGAUGCGGGAGUGCAUCGCCCAGGUGCAGGCCAUGUCGGCGGCACUGGAAGCGGUGCACAAGGAGCUCGCCCUUGCUGGGCCCGGCUCGGGGGCUGCUGCCGCCCUGCGGUCUCCAGAGGUGUGGCGCGCCGCCAAGCAGGCGUUGGACAAGGCGCAGGGCCUGCUGAUGCCCAAGGCGUCUGGGCUGCUGACGACAGCCGAUGGCCCGGCCGGAGCUGGCGCAGUAGUGCCAGCGGGACUGUUCGGCCCCACCUCCUCUGCUGGGCUGCCGGGUGGAGUGCUCGAGGAUCGCAGCAGCGCUGUGGGCCAGCUGCAGCUGGCGCUGGUGCAGCGGCUGGGCCCCCAUGAGGUGCAGGAGGCGAUGAUGAAGGUGAAGGCGGGGCCGCAAAUGGUCAACGCAGCAGAGGAGCGCCACGGCGGUCACGACGACGGACACAGGCGGCAGAUGAUGCAUCACGCGGUCCCGGGCAUCUAAGGCGUAUGCCACAAAACAAUUUUCAAAACACCUGCGACAUCAGCAGGCAAACACUGAGAGCGUAUUACUUUUGCAUCUUUACUCAUGCUUUUGCGCCAGAGCGUUGAUUGACCAGGGCCGGUCCCUCAUGUUCGGCUCCCCCGUUCCCACCGAUUCCCACCGAUCCCCACCGCGCCACUGACAGCCCCCGUUCCCAACACCCCCAAUAGCCGUAAAAAUCAGUGAACGUUCGCUACAUCCGUGGCAUCCGGGACCCCCAGUCCGUGUCGUUCGAAGCUGUGGCACCCUUACUUGCGCAACGUUAGCCACGUGCCCACCCCGGGGCCGUAAACUCAGUAACUUCAGAACCCCCGAACUCAAACCAAACCCCCCCCAUACACGUUCAAGCUGAGGAAUGAUAUGGACGCGACAGCUAUCAAUUGUCAUUGAAUCUUGUCAUCAAAUUGUCAAAGCAUUGCCAUAGCUUCAGAGCAAACCUGUGCUGUGGGGCAAUCCAGGGUUUUGUGCGGGCGUUAUUAUUUCUUGUCGGGCACUGGAUCUGUGCGUGUGUAACGUGUGCUAUUUGUAUGGUUGGUUUUCCUGGCUUAGUUGUCUUUUCUAAUUUCUGGCCCAAGAGCUCUGCUGGAUCUGCGGCGGUGCCCAGUUGUUGGCAAGGAGACAGAAACAACAGCGGCGCUUGGGCCAUUUGUGUUGAUGUGUGGUGUGCGCUUGCAUGCAGCGCAGCGUGGAAGGCUGAUAACUGUGAUAAGGUUGUGCAUGAUGCCCGAAUGUGCGGGUAAACUGCGUAUGCUGUGCACAGCCUUUGGCAGGGCUGUUUCGACACACAAGAAAUAUGGGGGUUCGAAUUUGGGGAUUCUAAUGUGACAGAUCCCCCGAACUCAAACCAACCCCCCCCCCGUACACGUUCACGCGCGGUGGACUGGGCGGGCAUGAUGGCACCGAUGGCUGAUAAUGGGGAAGUGUGCAGCAGCUAUGACCGACUGCGGCUACAGGCUACGAAUGUAACGUGGGAUUUAC